UUCAGGCCAGUUCAAGCGCACUCGCGGCUCCACGAUGUGCUCAGUGAUUGUCUAGACGAUAUCAAUAACAUGAGCCGAAAAACUUCUCAUGGCUUUCCUCACGCUGCUCGGAAUUAUUCGGAGUUCUGUAGGGAUUUAAUAAGUGGACUUUAAAGGACAGCACUACUUCAGUUUACCGUUUCUCUCCUCCCGGUGUCAAACGAAUGGCCAACGUGAAAGUCGCGAUUCGAGUCCGUCCACUGAACACCAGGGAGAGUCUGGAUGGAGGACGGUUAGCUGUACAAGUGGAGGACAAAGUAGUGAGGGUCCGAAAUGUGAAGUUGGAGGGGCGUUUAGAUGGGCGAUCUGAGGGUCUGGCUGACUCCAGGGAGAAGUUGAUAGAGUUUGGCUUUGAUUACUGCUACUGGUCCGUGGAUCCAGCGGCUUCCAAUUAUGCUUCACAAGAGGAGGUGUUUCAAGACCUGGGUGUGUGUGUCCUGUCUGGGGCUUCAGAGGGGUAUAAUGUGUGCCUGUUUGCAUACGGACAGACGGGCUCAGGGAAGACAUACACCAUGAUGGGAACUCCUGACUCCAUUGGCCUGACACCAAGGAUCUGUCAAGGUCUUUUUAGGUCUGGAGUUGAAUCAGCAGAUGGACAGAGCUGCAGAGUUGAAAUAAGUUUUUUGGAGAUCUAUAAUGAGCGUGUUCGUGAUUUGCUGAGAGGUGUGGAGCAGAAGAAGCCAGCACCCCUGAGGGUCCGAGAACACCCAGAGAAGGGGCCUUACGUGCAGGGUCUUUCUCAGCAUGUCGUGACUGACUACAAACAAGCUGUGGAUCUGCUGGAGGAGGGCAUCGCUAACCGCAUCACAGCCGCUACGCAUGUCCAUGAUGCUAGCAGUCGAUCUCAUGCCAUCUUUACCAUCCAGUACACACAGGCUAUUCUAGAAAACAACCUUCCUUCAGAAAUCGUCAGCAAAAUCAACUUGGUGGACCUGGCCGGCAGUGAGCGGGCAGACACUCAGUACUGCAGAGACCGAAUAACAGAAGGAGCAAACAUCAACAAAUCUCUCGUCACCCUCGGCAUCGUCAUUUCCGCUCUCGCCCAAAACUGUCAGAUGUCCAGCAGCAGCCAGAGCAUUAACAGUAUGCUCAGUGAGGGUGAAGGCAGCACCGUAGGCAGCCAGUCCAGCUCUCUGUCAGGCAGCGGACGCAGACACUGCUUUAUUCCCUACAGAGACUCUGUCCUCACCUGGCUGCUCAAAGACAGCCUGGGCGGAAACUCCAAAACAAUUAUGAUUGCAACGGUCUCACCAUCCAGCAGCAGCUACAACGAGACGUUGAGCACUCUUCGCUAUGCAGCUCAUGCCAGGAAUAUUGUUAACAAGCCAAGAGUCAAUGAGGAUGUCAAUGUGCGGUUGAUCAGGGAACUGCGGGAGGAAAUUGAUCGUCUUAAGAGCAUGCUGCUCACCUUUGAAAUGCAGAGGAACCCUAGUCCAUCUCUCAGUGAUGAGAGAGAAAGCAGCUUUUCUGAUAUAGUCCUGCAGAACGAAAUGAAGGUGGAGCAACUGACUAAAGACUGGUCUGACAGUUGGCAUGAUAAGCGAGCUCUUUUGGAGCGUUACAGUGUGGACAUUAACCAGGACAGAGCAGGAGUUCUCAUCCACUCACUCCAGCCCCAUCUCAUAGCUCUAGAGCCGGAUGUCCUGAGCACAGGCGUCACCAUCUACCACCUCCAGGAAGGGGUGACAAGAAUCGGGCCUCAGACUGAAAAUCUUGAAGACCCUGACAUAGUCCUGCCAGAUGGUUCCUCCUGUGAGAUUGAGAAUAAGAGCGGGGUGGUUACUCUAAAGCCAGUCUCGGGGCACAUCUGCAUGGUCAGUGAAAGAGAGAUCACAGAGCCCUGUAGACUUGCACAAGGUGCAGUAAUUACCUUGGGAGGACUCCAUAAGUUCAGGUUCAAUCAUCCUGCUGAGGCAGCUGUACUGAGGGAGAGGAGACGGACCAGCGAAGGAGGUCUGGUCUUCACAUCUACAGAGCUCAACCAACCCAUUUCUGACCUCAGGGAUGCAGGAGCAGGUUGUGAUGAGAGGGGUGGUGGAACAGCACCUAGACAGAGACUAGAGGAGCAGCAGUGGUACAUAGAGUGUCUUCGAGAGGAGAUUCAGAUGGAGCAGAAAAGAGCUGAGAGAGAUCUGGAGCGAGAGCAGGCACGUCUUCGACAACAGCACCAUGAGAUCCAGCAGUGGAUCUUGCAAGAAAAUCAGCGACUUGCAGCCCAUAGGGAAAAGACAACACUGGAAUCCGGGGUCCAGACAGAUCUUGCACUGUCUCUUACUUCAUCAAGUCAGAAGGAUGGUGAUGCUGAAACAGUCCCUCCAUCAAUCUCGAUGGGUGACAGGAAAAGGGUGGUGCAGGAGGAGUUGCUGAAGCACCAUGCGUUGCGCAGAGCUGAGAAUCGUGUGCGCCGCAAAAGGUUACAUUACCAGCUGGAAAAGAUUGCACGAAAGCGCCAUCUGUUGGAGGCAAAACGAGAACUGCAGAGGCUGGAAAAUAUGCUUCUAGAAGGGUGCAAUGAAACCUCAUCUCUAGAAUUGGGAUACUCUUCAAAGUUAAGGGGACGUCCGAGGACUUUAAGAAGGCAUUCCUUUUCUGCUGAUCUGCUGUCCCGGUUGUACCCCCAGCACACUCCUAUUUUCAGCCAGUUCCUUAAAAGGAACAGAUCUUCUGACUUUACAUACACUAAAUGGGAAUCUGAUGAAUAUCUCCAAGAUCAAAAGAUACGAAGGCGUUCAAACACGAUGCCCUCUAGAUAUGACCAAGGAUCCUCAAACUGGGCCAGUUUUUCAGACAACCUCAAAAGUCCUUUAAAGGAUUCAAGUUCAGCUAAAGCAAAAACUGCUUCCUCAAGGUUGCUAGUCAAGAAAAGCACUAGUGAUCAAGAUGAACAUUGUCUGGAUUCAAAUACCAAAGCAGUGAGAAAAGUGUUACCUAUAAUAAAACAGAAAAGUUCGGUGAAGGGAACAAAAAGUCUAUCUCAAAAUGGAAAUAAAAGUUUAGAGACCUUCCGAAAGGUUUUUUCCAACUCUCUUGGCUCUGGGAUCAGAACUGCAUUAGCAAAAGUUUUCCGCAAACCACCAUCAGGCUCACGGGGACAUAAAGGUGUGAAAUCUAUGAACAAAGCAAUAAGGAAGUUUAACGAGAAAUCAGUCAAAAACAAGACUGAGAAAGACUUGGAGAAAAAACAUGAACAGUCCCACAUCAAAUCAGCAAUGUCAUAUGAAAGUUUGGGGCACGAUGGCGCACUAAAAUAUCAACAACAGAGGCACUGGCAUAGUGCAGAAGCAUUGACUAGUACUAAGCAGUGGGUAGAAGUACAAAAUAAAUCAGCCCGGGGGGUGGAACAGGGUGAUGUGGACGACAGAUCUUCAGAUUGUGAUAGUAUUUUUUCAUUGGAUUCUCUUUCAUCAGCUUACGCUAGAACUCUGGCUGAGCAGCUUCAGCAGGAGGAAUGUGAUUCCAGUGAAGCUGAGAGUGAAGACAAUCAAAUGUCCCAAGAUUCUCUUGUUAUGGAGAACAGUCAGAAGCAAAUGACUGCCAGACCUGUGCUAAGGUUCAAUAAGAUUCCAAGUCAUCUUACUGUAUCUGCCUCAUGUGGCUCUCCAUCAAUCAGAAAUAAAUUGGACACAAAAAUAUCCAAAGAUGUUCCUGCAGAGGUUUUCUGGAGCUUAAAUGGUAGUCAGAAGUUGAAAAUUGAGAACGGCCAAGGCAUAGCUAGAGGGGCUUCAAGCAUAUCUUUUCUAGCAUCUGAAUCUAGGCCUUGCAGCGGUGCAAGUAACAGAGAGACAGAGAAUCCACUUGCUCUUACUGAUGCUUGGUCAUCCACCGAUGCAGCUGACAGUCCCCGAAUCAUCAAGGCGUCAGGACACUUCAAACAGGAUCCACCAACACUGAUAGAGAGCAGCAGUCUGGAUCUGAUCGACAACACAAAUGUCUCAGAAAGCCAGAGCUCACCUCGCUCUGACACCAGUCAGGAUGACAAUGCAACACUUGAACCAAACGACACGUCAUUUGAAAACACCCUGUUGCUUGAUAACCAUGAGAGUGAACCUACAUUUAUCCCAGGAAUCCAGGAUUUCACUGCUAAGAAAGAUCCUUGUACAGUUUAUACAGUCUGUGAUUCUACAGAUGCCAGUCUACUUGGGGUAGCAUGCACAAGUAAGCCAACUGCUGAACCACUAAAAACCAAUGUGACUGAAGCACUGUUGAUUGAUUAUUCUUCCAAAGAUGGGGACAUCUCAACAGGUUCCAGUAUUUCAAAGAGCUUCUUAAUCAACUCUACAAGGGAAGAUUCAGAUAUUAGAGAGGACAAUCCAUCACUAUCCCAUGAUUACCCAACUGUUUGUCAGGUUCCACCAUACAAUAAUACAGGAAAUUCAGAAAUUCAGAUCUCUGAAACCACAAAGGCUCUAAAUGAAUUGCACAGCAUUGCUAGCAAUGGCCAAACCAAUGGACAAUGUGAUGAAGAAAAGGAUCUUUCCUACACAACACAGAGCCCUAAAAUGGAUUGCGAAAGAUAUACCAAAGAUUAUGCAUUGACUAUCAAACAAUCAGAGAAGCAUGAUGAAAAAGAUAGUAGUUUUGGCAGAGAUGUUGAAUGCUUUAUUGUGCAGCCGGUCAAUGAAACAUGCGAAACGAAAGGCUUUGUGGGAUAUUUAGAUGCUGAAUCAUCACUUCUAAAUUCGGAUCAGGAACAGUCUGCUUGUUCAUCCAUCAACAGUGAAUCUGUAACCAACAUAUCUCUUCUGGAAAAUUUGCUCACUAAGAUGCAAAACUCUGAUCAAGACAAGGAAAUGAAAAGUGCCUCAUCAGCCAGUGACGCUUACAGGGCUUUAAUCAGCAAAGAUCACAUCAGUAUUUUUAGAAAUGACUGCACUGCAUGCGAUAAUGGGUUGACACAAAGAAAUUGUACUAGCCUAAAAUCCUUUUGCAGUCCUGAGAUUAAAAACUUUACUGAAAACAGUAAAGAGCAUAGAAAAGAUGCUGUUCAGAUUACAGACAGAAAAACAUUGAAUAACAGAUAUUUUCAAAUGAGUGACACAGCAAUUAAUGAUAAGAUAUCAGAAGUGGUGAAAGAACACUUUAAUUUGUCUCUGAGAGAAGACUGUGGUGAAGAUUACAAGUUGGACAGAAAGAAGAAAAUCUCUUCUUUGACUAAACUGGAUGAAUCCAAGAUGAACCACCAUGAAUAUGAUUACAGAAGUAUGCAGGAUGGACAUUGUGAAAGUAGUUGUUCCCAGCCUUUGGCAAUUUCUACAGACAACACUAUUGUGCUGAAUGGCAAUGCAGAAUCUAGGAAUUUAUUGAAGGAUCAGGCAUUCUUGAAAUCCAGGGGCACAGAAGAGCCUACUGUUAGAAAGACAGAGGAGAAAGUAGAACGAUGUGGAUAUAUUAAUGAUGAUGUGGAGUCAGUACUACAUUGCACUAUAGAGGCACAGGGCACAUUUGAAUCAAUGCUGCCAUGUGUUAAAGAAACUGUUAUUGGACUGAAUACAUCAAAGGAGAACAUUAUUGUCUGCACUGAACUUAGAAAAGACUAUACUGUUGCUGCAAACCCUAUUGAAAUUGAAUGUUGCACCAGAACAGAGGUUAUGGAGAAUGGCAGUCCCACAGUAUUAAAACCAGCAGUUUGCAAGCAUGCACAAGCAACUCAGACUAUUCAAAUUACAAAUGAGAUGGAUAAAGAACUUAAAGUGAAUCAGUACGCACAGAUAAAAAAUGAAACAAAACUAAAUCAGACCUGGCCAACCUCAAUAGAAAUGCAAAAUUUUUAUGAGAAUCCAUUAAUGCAUGGACCUUCAGGGCUUUUAAAUGAAAUUAGAUGUUCAGCAAGUGAAAGAUUUCUUAUGAAGAUCUCAACUCCAGUAGAGUCCAGUAAAUGUGACAAUCUUCAAGCAUCGUUACCCACCAAAACAACAGUGAAACAGACAGUCUCUUUAGUGACCGAUAGAGUUUUGGUUGAUACGUGGCAGAAAAGCAUGAAGGACAGCAUUUCAACAUUACUUAACUUAGAGGUACAAAAUAAAAAGCCAAGUUCACAUAACUCUUCUACAUCAAGUAUGGAACAUUGGAACUCAACUGAGGAUGACAGUCACCCUGUUCCUGAAGCCCGACCUUUAAGCAAGUUAGCCUUCUAUGAAUUUGGUCCAAGAAACCAUGGAAAACCUUGCGAUGAACCUUGUGCUGAACAUUCAUUAAAAAAUGACACCAACAUGACCAGUAGUUGUGGAAAUAAAGACAAAGAAAGAGCUGCAGAGCCCAUACAUAUGAAAAAAGAUGCUGGCAAUUCAGAUUUAGGUCAGGCAUCACAAAAACCACAAAUUCACAAUGAGCUUAUUGGGAAAACUGAAAGAGGAAAAACUGAUAAGGAUCUACAAUCGGAGAGGCAGUCCAUCUACACAAGUAAUAAUUUGAAAACCACAAUGAAAUCCCAGUGUAGUGAUGGUCACAUCAAAGCAAGUCAAACUUGCGAUAACCAACAAAUAAAAAAUCAAGAGCCAUGCCUGCCUAAAAAUUACCAGUCGACUUCUAAAUCUCUGACCAAUACUUCAUCACAUGUUGAAGUAUAUCACAAUGCAAAACACACUCCUAACAGUCAAAAUGCAAAAAAAUGUUAUGAUAAUCAAUGCCAACCAACAGACACAGUCAGAAGAGACCACUGCACAGUAGCAGAUGCUACAAAACAUUUUGUUAGCAAUGGCAAUGUUGAUAAAAAUAAAGGAGGGAAAAGGCGCUACAGGAGGGCCCACUUUAUGGCACCUCCAAGUUCAUCCACUGAUUCUACAUCUGAAUUAUCCUUGGAUGAGUGUACCACAACUAAAAGUCAUGCAUCUCGUAAAAAAUCUUCAUCAAAGGUAAACCUGCUUCCUAAUAGUCAAAAUGCUUAUAGCAGACACAAAAAUCCUGUACUUGAUGAGCAAAGUAAAUCUUCACCUUUACCAGAUUUUUCCAGGGCAUUAGACACACAAAAGAGAUGCACCAAGAAAUCAAACACUGGUGUGUCACCCUCUGUGGCUGGAGCUCCCAUAAACAGGGAGGCUGGAAUUAAGACAGCUGCAUGUCAACAAAAGAAUGGUUCAACUGUUGAAAUCCAACCAACCAGGAUAUAUGAAACAAAGCAUAAUAAGAAUGUUACUUUAGGGAAGAAUGCUUCUUCUGAAGAUAUUUUAGUUGAUUGUGAGGGUGUACAUGGACAUCUAGUUGAUGCUUUCUCAGACAGAAGAGAUUCUGCAAUGCAUUUUGCCUCGAGUGAUAUUAAUCCAUAUAUUCACACAAGAACUACUAUAAGCACAAACCCAGCAGUUCACAAAAAGCAGGCAUUUGGAAGUGUAGCCAAUAUAUCCUGCCAUCACUCUCCACCCAGUAGUUCCAACAAAAGUAUGACCAGGUGCUGUAGUGUAGACAAUGGGCUAAAUAUUCAGGACUGCCCUUUCAGUUCCCAUUUGAGCACAUAUGUAAAUAAUAAAGGGCUCUCCAGUACACUGAGCAGUAAUGGAUAUUCUAGAGAUCAAAUUUCUUCUGAACCUCUGCUGAAGGCCACUUCUUUAUCUUCUAGUGGUUUAAAUAAGCAGACUCCAAAUGAUUUAAAAUGUGACUCUUGCGAUGGUGCUUCCGAGGAGUUUUGCAACAGUUCAGGUCAAGUUGAUGAAAUAGUACUGGUCUACUCUUCUGAAUAUGAAUCUCAGGAACAACCAAAUCCAAGCACUUGUGAUCAAGGCACACAGACCAUUGAAGCCAAUAAAGACCUUAAAAUCAAGAGUCGUCAUAGAAGAAGCAGCACUCAGACACCAGUGUCCAAACCAGGCAACAGUGCCCAAACCACAUGGGCAAGUCUACAGAACAUGUCUGAACAUCUUUCCGACCUUAUUCACAACACCUCUGAUCUUCUAGGGAACAUACAAUUUAUGCGGACAGGGGAAAAGCCUUCAAAACAUGACCUUCCUAAACCCUGUUUUCAGGUUUCGACUGCACAUUCUGGCAGUAACUACAAGAGGGACUGUUGUACACAACUUCAUUGGACAUUGGUGUCCAGACAGAGAUUGCUUCAGCUUCAAAGAAUGCUACAGCUCAUGAAGUAAAUGUUAUUGUUAAAGUGAUUGGCUCAGAUAUUUGUAGUGUAUCCCAGCUAGACGGUGAAGCCAAGAUCUUAAAGAACAAUUAUGAAAGUGAACAGGCCUACGAAAGGAUUAAAAGCAUGCCUGAUUUACGUCCCAGAGGCUCAAAGGUAACUGACGAUCAAAAUGGUCUGAUUCCUUCACAAAGGGUUAUUUCAUUAGACACUGUUGUGCCAAAUCAGGACUCCCCAACUUUGGAAGCAUUUGAAGGUAGUAAAGAAGACCAUUCCUAUAAGAGGUCUUUACCCUGCUACCUUGAAGCAAAACACUCAAAUUUGAAGCUAGAGGAGAAUCAGACUUGUACCAGAAAUGUAGACCUAAAGAAUGGCUUUAGUAGACAAGUUAUGCUUAUGGAUCGUGCAUGCUCCCCUAUCCUUACUCUGAAGGCUUCAAGAUACACUCAGCAGAAACUCUUAAAAACAAACCUUAAGACAACCAAAGGACAAAAAGAAUGCUCCAAUUUAUACAGCAUGCCAUUAAAAUGUCAUAAAUUAUCCAACUAUGAACAAAUGGCUCUAGAUCAGCAGAAUGUUGGUAGAAAUGCCAAAACAAUAUCUAAAUCGCUAUCAUCCAUGAAUUUUGAAAGCCUGAGCAACCUUGCUUGUCCAAACUUGGAUAGAUCUGAGGACUACUCAAAUGGCGUCUGUCCCCGCAUGCACAAUGAGAGAAACAAAUACUAUCAUGAAGUUGAGGACAGGUUAACAAACAAACAAAAAAACUAAUUGUUCACCAAUUCAUCUCCAAAGAACAUUCAAUUCCACUUCAAGGGGUGCCAUUGGUGUCCAACUUGCAUCAUGCUCAGUAAAGUCAGGCAAUCUAAACGGAAACCUCAGACAGACCUAAUUUGUCAACUGUAAAUGGUCAGUUGAGUCUCACAUCAUCUGAAUAUUUAACCAAGAGUUGGGAUACUGCGCAACAUCAAGAAGAUGAUGCAAUGUCUCUGGUGCCAAGUGAGUGCAAUACAGAUGUUCUAGUCAGUAUCAGUCCUCUGGCAGGGAUUAGCAUGCUCGUAGAACAACAAUGGAUCCCUGAUGAUCUGCCAAUGCACAACAAGUUUACUAACUGGUCUGGCAUCAAUCAGCCACAAUCAAUGCUUGGUAAAGUAAAAACACCAACUGAACAGCUCAACCCCAGCUACCGACAGCCAGUUGUUUCACAAAGUCCUAGUUUAUUAUACAGACAAGAGUCAUCAGAGAAAACAGACAGGAGAACAAAGAAAUUGAGAAGCUGAGGAAAGAACGUGAGCAGGUUUUAGCGUCUUUGCAUGUGGAUCAGAGUCCUCAUCAGCUUACUGUUGAACUCAAAGAGGCCAGGCUGCACUAUGGCCAAGGGGAAACAGACACUCUACUGAAAAUGCUCAAGUCUGGUUCUAAAGAUUUAUCUUCAGCCUGUAACAAAAGAGGAGCUCCUAAGCAGGCACAGAAGGAGUAUUGAAAGUUUAAGAAAAGAGAGAGAAUCCCGUCUCCAGAUGUGCCGUCGGGCUCGCAGCCUCAGUCCCAGUAAACAUCGUAUCCCUGCAAAUAAUGAAAAGGAGCAAUCUCGAAGAAUUUCAGACCUUCCCAGCAGACGCAGGGAAUAUCUGCAACAGCUCCGACAAGAGAUUGUUGAAACCAGCAGAGUUCCUGAUCUGCCAAGACGGGAGGGUCAGUGUCCAUCUGACAUUGAGCUCCUAUUGCGUGACUACAGCCGAGCCCGUGAGGAAGCAAGAGCGGAGAUUGCACGCGCUCGAGACCGACUCCGUGAAAGGACUGAAACAGGAGAAAAGACGACUGCAGCAGCAAAACUCUCUCACAGGCCAUGAAGGAUGACCUGCGUUUUCGAACACGCAUUAGUAACAGUACAUUGUGUACUGCUCAAACCUGAGUCUUUCCUCUGGGCCCACUUCAGGGUACAACAGCAGCAAUGCUAUCAUACUGAAGGAUAUUACCUCACCAUUAAUACAGGUGAAUGAAGUCUCAGAAUUCAAAAUAAGGACUCGACCCUCCUAUGAUUCCACCAUUGCAGACUUCAAAAGCCAACGUAAAUGGCUGUCAGUCCAAGAUGUCAGCCUGGAGACUUCUGUCAUUGGAUAUGAGCCUGAGUCAUCCCUCCACCCCAUCAUCUCCUCCCUGUGCUCGACAGCGCACUCUUUUCUUUCGGCUCUCCUUCAUCUAUAUCGACUUCAUAUCAGGAUAUUGCAGACUGCACACUUGCCAGUGCUAUUUCAGAAGUAUAUUUGGCCUCUGGAGGUGAUGUGAGGAAUCUUCUGGCUGGGAAGGCUGCAGCUGGCUGGAGGCACCAAGGUGUGGAAAGAGGGAUUCAGGUGUUUCACAAAGCUACUUCAAGAACCUCAGCUCAUGGGUUUCUUGGAGCGUAGAGCUGGAGAGACCUUUGGCUAGUCUGUGGUCCAUAGGUUCGAGAUCACUCAAAGACUCACCUUUACAACGAGUCUGUUAAAUCUGCCUGGACACGACCACUGGAUGAAAGCACACAACUAGGUAAAACCCAAAAUUUCUG